AUGCCUGGAGCGACGGAGAAGUUCCUUUUCAACUAUACAAGAGCUAUUUCGUCUCCAGCGGUAGAACGAACUCAAAGGACUCCCAAUCCUCAACAUCAAGUCCACAGACCGUCUUGUCGCUUGCGUAUGAUGGGGCGUGUCAAUGGGUUCGGAGAGGAGGCACCAAAAGAAGGCGAGAAGAAGGACAGCAAGGAAAAGGAGCCACCGAAAGAAGGUGAGAAAAAAGACAGCAAAGAAAAGGAAGCGGCACCGGCAGCAGAGGGUGAGAAGAAGGAGGAGCCUCCGAAGGAAGGCGAGCUGAAAGCGGACAAGACACAAGCACAGGUUCCAGCCGAACAAGCGAGCGGACCAACACCUUCGGGCAGCGUCGAAGCCAGCAAAGGAAGCUCGGCAAGUGUGGACAGCAAG